AUGUUUUGCUGCGUUCUUCUGCUCUUAGCUCUUAUUGAUUCUGUCUGGAGUUAUGCUUAUGUGGGAUGCUUUUCGCGACCACAAGUCUUGAAUGGUCAAGUCGCCGAGUGGCAAAGUGAUGAUUCCCCAUGGUGUCCUGACUUAUGCGCAUCUCAAGGUAAAUUAUAUGCAUACCAUUACUCUCAAUGGCGAGGGGGACCAGGAAUCGACCAAUUUUGCCUUUGUACGAAUUCAGCUCCUGAUUAUCAGUAUAUGACGAAUGGUUGGGAACCAUGUGAUCCUGGAUACGAUACUCCCGGCGAUGUUGGGGUAACUGCAAUCACACCAUCAUGGAACUUUAUACACUCUUACCCUCCACUUGAUGUCCCUCAAUAUAGUAUUCCCGUAGACGAUGUUUUUGAUUGUUUCUCCCUAUGCUCUAACAGCCAAUACGCGAGGAUGUACUUCAUCGAAGAUAACAGUCAAGGUGAAUGCGCCUGUUACGAUAACGAUGAUUUGUGGAGCAAUGAACCUUUCACAACCUGUCGUUACAACGAUUUUAACAUCUGGCAAAGAUCAAUUAGUCCUAGUGCUUUUGCGAAAAGACGUAAUCAUGGAGCGAAAAGAUUGGAUCAGAAAAAAUCGUUUUGUCCAAAGGGGUUGACAGCUUGUAGCGUUAUUGAAGGGGAUUUGCGAGGCUAUGAGUGCGUCGAUACUGCUUCUGAUCUGGAAUCGCGUGGCGGAUGUUCUCUGGGCCAACAUGAGAUAGGACAGCCUGAUCCAUCAGACCUUUCUCCUUUGGGCAUCGGCUGCACUGCAAUCCCCGGUGUCGUUGUCAAUAGCGUCACCUGCCUGGAGGGUACAUGUUUCAUUGGAGCUUGCGAAGAAGGCUUUAUCCUUCAACACAAUUCCUGUCUGCCGACUUGA